GCGCUGCAUCAGGAGCGUGGUGGGUGGGGCCUGUUGGCCUCUCUUCUCCCCACUUCGACCCGCGUGUGGCUGCCAGUGGCUACCGAUUCUUUUGACCCACGGAGGCGGAGCGAGCGCCCCUUUAACUCUGCGUUCUUUCCGCCACCUCCAAGAAGUCCUCCGCUGCUCGUUUCGCAGCCUGAAGCUUCCGAUUCCCAUCGAUCCUGGUUUUUAAUAUACACACACUCACAAAAUUGGAUCGUAUGAUCAAAGAGAACAGCCACAUCUUCACAGAUGCCCAUUGUAAAGUGUGUAGUGCAGUGCUCAUCUCCGAGUCACAGAAGCUCGCUCAUUAUCAGAGUAAGAAACAUGCCAACAAAGUUCGUCGAUACAUGGCUAUCCAUGGUGAAGAGGAGGUCUGCUCAAGCAAGAAAAUAAAGCUGGAUACAAAGCAGGAGGGCAGCACUGAAGAAGACAGGAACAAAUGCUGCCCCAUCUGUAAUAUGACCUUUUCGUCGCCUGUUGUGGCUAACUCCCAUUACCUAGGCAAGACCCAUGCCAAGAAUCUGAAGCUGAAGCAGCAACCUCCUAAAGCAGAAGGUACAGAGGAAUUGUCUCCUGGUGCUGUGCUGAAAAGUCCAGGAGCUGUACCUGCUCAGAGACAACCAGCUAAUCCGCCUCCCACUACUGUGCCCUCUAAUGAAGAGAACCAAAACACUUCUGACCCAGACAAAUUCUGCAGUCUCUGUCAUGCCACAUUCAAUAAUCCCCUGAUGGCAAAACAACACUACGUGGGCAAGAAACACAAAAAGCAGGAGACCAAACUUAAGCUAAUGGCACACUAUGGGAGAAGCCCCGAUGAACCUGCAGCUUCAACAGCUGGGAAGGGAUAUCCAUGUGAAAGCUGUAACAUAGUACUGAACUCCAUAGAGCAGUACCAAGCUCACAUCAGCGGCUUCAAACACAAGAACCAUAUACCAGGAGGAAUACCUGUUACAGCACGGUACCAGAAGCAGCUGUACACACGAGAGGAGACAACGGGCCCUGAUGGCUACAGCUAUUUUAGCCAAGACCUCUAGAGAGGAAGCUCCUGCGCUCUUUUUGGAUUGCCGGUGGCCCAAAAGUGAACAUCGCUUCUCAACCCACUACGGUUUUAUUGUUCCUCUGGCUGAAUGAAACCCUCCUAUCCUGCAGUGUACAAGUUUAGCUGAUUCAGAACUAACUAUUGGCUAAAGGAUCUAGAAGGGACAGAUAUACUAGUUGGCAUUUGCAAAGACCUUUAGAAUAGUUUUCAUUGUGUAAUCUCUUGCUGUAACGGCCGGUGGGUGAGGUGGGAAGGAGCAGGAGUUGUGUCUGGCACAAGUAAGACUUGGCACCUACCAGUGUUCUGUCUCGAGCCCAUCCUUUCCCUCUGCCCGGAAGAAGCAGAUGGGAGUUCUACACCCACUACCAGCCAGAGAAGAGCAACUUUUGGAAGAAAGUUCAUAAUUCUUGGUUAUGGGGUGCUUGUUAAAUGUGAGGUGUGGAAUGGGCAUAAUGGACAGACUGAUGAUCUCCUCCUUGCCUAGAAAUGGGGUGUUACAUCGCUGUGUUUGUCGUGCCCCUUUCUGAAUUAACUGGGUUUGUGUGCAGAGUUUCUUAGGUCACCAAUAUGCCAUUUGCAUCCUUUUUGUAGUUCUGCAGAUGUUGGUUCUGGAACAUCUGGUAAUCUGUUUAAUAAAAAGCUGUUUCUGUUAGUAGUAUGCAUAAUCUGCUUCAGAAAGGCAAGCAGAAGGAGUGCCUCCAGAAAACUGCACUUCUCCCUCGGUUCCUGGCAUACUUGUGGAAACUUGUGCUUUUGAGCCUCAAUAUGUACAGCUUUCUGUUGUGUUAAAUGUUCAUAAGAAAUGUUUUUUUUGGUAUGAUGGAAGGUUUGAAAAAAUGUCCUUUUUCAGAACCUUAAAGCUUUUUAAUUAAUUUGUACAAAGGUUUAGCAAGGGUGAAAGAACAAGCAGCUAUGGUCUGACUUUGAGGCAAUUCUAAGCUGAAAAAUAGUGCUUUGCAUAGCAUUGUGGGCCUUCCACUUGUGAACUUUGCAAGUCCAAGAACUAGUUUCCAUCCAUGGGAAACCAUUUCUCAGAGACAAGACAUUCUUUCCGAUUGCUUCCUGAGACUCGGAAAACAACAUAGGUAGCAGCUGGGAAUGCUGCUUGAGGCAAACUGACUAUGCUUUGUUUGGACAGAGGUAAAAUUAGUUUGCGUUUUGGUCAUUUCCUUUUCCCUUGUAUGGAUAUAAGAUGGUAAGCUUGAAGUCUCCUAACAUCUGAGUUUGUUUCAAGUCUGCCAGAUGGCCUGUUUCCAAAACAAUCAGUUGAAAUGCUAAUCUUAUUUGUAAAAAAACCCACUCACAUAAGCAUAAAGGCAAGAGAUGUGAGAUACUCCUCUCUUGCCUAGCCCAUCGUUAAACUGCUUUUCUACUCGUGUUCAAAACAGGAUGUGGCUCUUUUUUCCUUAGUGCUUCUCCCUUCCUACCUAAUUGCUUCAGUGUUAUUGAUCAAAUUGGACAUUCAUUAAAAUUGGACAGCUUGUA